AUGUCAACAUUUUCACCGGUACAUAGUUUACAUCACAUACCCACAUCUGCAUCAGAGGUCAGACAUGUUGAUCCACAACAUAACCUUGGUGACGUGGAGCUUUUACAUCAAAUUGGUUAUAAACAAGAAUUGAGACGUCAUUACUCAACAAUUCAAGUUUUUGGGAUAGCGUUCUCCAUUAUGGGGCUCCUACCAAGUAUCGCCUCUGUUUUCAAUUUGGGUAUUGCUUCCGGACCUGCUGGACUCGUCUGGGGUUGGUUUAUAGCCAGUUUUUUUAUCUUCUGUGUUGGUCUUUCAAUGAGUUUCUUGGGUAGUGCCAUACCAACCAGUGGAGGCUUAUACUAUUACACCAACUACUAUUGCCCCGAUAGUUUCAGAGUUCCAUUGAGUUAUAUGAUCGGGUGCUCCAACUCACUCGGAUUGACUGGUGCUAUUUGUAGUAUCAGUUUUGGAUUUGCAACAGAGGUGUUAUCGGCUGUUUCGGUUUCAAAAGACAACGACUUUAAUGUCACGAAUGCAAAGUCAUAUGGUGUGUUUGCUGCUUGUAUUGUCCUGUGUAUGGUGAUAUCCUGUUUAACAACCAAACAUGCUGCCAAAUUUCAAACGGUUUCAAUAUGUGUGAAUGUGUUUUUGGUCUUACUUUUCAUCAUUGCAGUGCCAGUUGGUUUUGGAAAACAUAAUAGCUUUAAUGGAAGAGGGUUUAUAUUUGGCAAAUAUGAAAAUUCAAGAGAAUGGCCGAUUGGAUGGAGUGCAGUGAUGUCAUUCAAUACUGCUAUUUGGACAAUUGGUUCGUUUGAUUCAGUUAUUCACUGCUCAGAGGAGGCAUUAAACGCUCAAAGGUCUAUUCCAGUAGGAAUUUUAGGUUCAAUUUCUGCAUGUUGGUUCUUGGGUUGGAUAGUUAUUGUUGUGUGUGCUGCAUGCAUCAAGGACGGAAAUGUUUCACGUGUCAUUGCCACCGAGACUGGGUCACCUUUAGCUCAAAUAAUAUAUGAUGCCUUGGGAAAGAAAUGGACUGUUGCUUUUAUGUCGUUGAUUUGUGUAGGUCAAUACCUUAUGGCUAUUUCCUUGAUGAUUGCAUUGUCUAGACAGGUUUGGUCUUUUGCAAGAGAUGAUGGUCUACCAGGGGUUUACAAAUGGGUCAAGUAUGUCGAUCCAAAGAUUCAGGUUCCUAUCAGAGCCACAAUAUUUGCUGGUAUUUGUGCAUUGGCUAUCGGUUGUUUAUGUAUCAUUCCUGGAACUGCUGGAUCUGGUGCUUUGUUCUCCCUUGCAAUUGCUUCAAAUAAUUUAGCAUGGGGUAUGCCAGUGUUCCUUGUAUGUUUGCCAUACGGUAGAAAGAAGUUCAUUCCAGGACCAUUUUACUUUGGAAAAACUUUGAGCUACAUUGUCAAUGUUAUUACAGUCCUUUACAUUGUGUUUGCAAUUAUAAUGAGUAUGUUCCCCGAAAACAGGCAUGUUGAUAAGGAUAGUAUGAAUUACACGUGUGUAAUCAACGGAGGUAUAUGGAUUUUAUCUUUAGUUUAUUAUUAUGCGUGGGCAUGGAGAACUUAUACUGGACCCAAGUCUAACCUUGAUGGUACAGAGUCGGAUGAAGAGCAUAGUGUUAAGAACGUUGAUGAAGUGUUGGGAGAGAAAGCGUGA